AUGUCCGCGAGCUCUCCAUCCCGCUCGCCUACCCGGCGCGUAAAACUUGACUUGGCCAAUAACUCUCCUGAAAAGUCAGCUCCUAAAUCACCAAAGGCCAUGAAACUUAUACCUGAAUGGGCAUCUAAGGCGGCCUCGCGUAGACGUAGCUGGAAGCUACUUGUGAGGUGCUGGGUUGCAACAUGGGUUUGCUUCAUUCUCAUCCUACCGAACAAAACCUUACCAGUCAUGGGUAAUGCCGCAUUCUUCGCCGCUCUGGCAAGUUUCAUUGCACCUCCGGCUAUGGCAUUCCAGAUGUACUUCUUCGCUAUGUUCACUCUUAUGAUUGGUUGCUUGCUAGGCUGGGCAUGGGGAAGCGCGGCGAUGGCCGCGGCAUUACAGGCUCGUGAUCAGGUGCUCCUGGGUCGUGCGUUGCUCUCAACCCAGCAAGCUGCGACGAACGAGGCCAACCCGGAUGCAUAUUUCCGCAAGGCAGUUUUCCGAGGAGAUUUCCUUGAUCCUCGAUCCACCGUGGUUUUCGGAGUUUUCCUUGCCAUUGGAGCAUUUUUCUUAGCCUUGAUGCGAGUCAAGUCCCCGAAACUGACCUUGCGAGCAUUUUUGGAACUAUUUUCUUGGAUGUUAUAUGCUUCUAUCUAUCUCGCCGUCGGCCUCGUAACUAUUGUGCUUAUCUUCCCCGAAACGUUGAGUCAUGAGUGGCUCGAGUCUUACGCGGGAGUUUUGGAUCUAGUCAAGGGCCUCGUAGACAUGCAAGAAAAAGUACUCACCGACAAUCUAGAACAAUUGGACAUGGAUACAGAGGGAAAUACUUUGUCUCGGGUAGAUGGCAUUCAAGCUGGAAUUCUUGCGGCGUUUCAAGCAUUUACCGCCAAGACUCCCAUGUUGAACCUGGAGUUUAGUCACGGGAGGUGGAGUGCCGCUGACGUUCAAGGACUCGAGCUACCUCUUCGGGCGCUUCUUACACGGGCCCGAGGUCUUUCAUCAUUUACUGCACAAUACAGCCAUCAUCUCUCCACACGGACGGACGGUUCGUUCCCAUCCAAUACUAUUUCACGGGUUACGACAACUUCCGGCAAUGCCUCUGACGCCCCAGAUGGAGCCCAAACGCCGAAAAAGUCCAAGGGAAAGCAUUUGACUCUACGGGUACAGGAUACGCAUAGACUCCUGCACGUUCGUGGCCACAUUACAGCUCUAGAAGUCUCUCAACAUACGCAUAUAUCCGAGAUGAUCCCUAUCGUUUAUUCUGCCACUGUCAACCUACGCAAAUCUCUUUCCAAAGGACUAGAAAGCAUGUCGGCGGCCGUUCGGGAUGUCAACGGCCGACGUUACAAUUCGGUGAAAAGAGAGCCCCUUGAUAACUUGCGCUCUGCACGCGAGGCCCUCCGAGAAGCCCUGGCAACUUAUAAAGAAUCUGGACGAAUUACAAUCGUCCAGCCUCUCGCUGACGCCAUAGACUCUGUCUCCGGGAAGCUGCUCGAUGAACGCGGCCGACCUACCGUCUCGUUUCGACCGCUAUUCAUUUGCUUUGUGUUCGAGUCAAAUUUGUGCUGGACUACCGAAGCUACAAUUGCUCUGAUGAAUCAGUUGAUCAAGCUUAUGGAGGAGCGUAAGCGAAAUCGGCUGUGGGCUCCUACGGGGUUACGGAAAAUAGCAAACUUGCUUCGAAGAGAAGAAGGAACAGCACCAGUUCAGGGGGACGUGAAUCCGAUGCCCGAACCCGGCAAGGAUGAUCAGUAUUCGAGGAUGUAUCGACGUGACCCUGAUGCACGUCCUCCCAAGGGUAUAAUACAAAACCUGACAUUCGCGGUUUGGUCAAUAUGGCACUUUUUUAGGACUAACGAGGCAAUCUUUGCCAUCAAGUAUACCAUUGUCACUAUCGCUCUCUGGCUCCCCCAAAUUUUCAAAUCCAGUGCAGAGUUUACAUAUAACGAGAAGGGCCUUUGGGCACUUAUUAUGGCACAGUUUGGUUUGAGCAUGUAUAUGUCGGACCAAAUCGGACAAUUUGUUGCCAGAAUAUUGGGUACCGUGGGUGGAGGUGUCAUUGGCAUGUUGAUCUGGUACAUUGGUAGUGGUCAUGGUUUGGGCAACCCGUAUGGCAUAGCGGCUGCGUUUGGCGUUUUUAUAAUUCCCAUGUUUAUCAUGUUCAGUGUUACCUCGGUUCUUGUUGUGGGCUAUUCUUGGAUAGAUACCCACUUGCCAUCCCAAGGAAACCCAGGAUACGGUUAUGAAAUUUUCUGGAGAGGGUUGUCCUGGUCUUGUUGGCUUCGCUGCCUCGUUUAUUAUGAUGAUUCUACCUCCACAGUCAAGCCGAAAGGCGCUUCGCUUGGGAACUGCUCCACAGUAUCUCAGAUUUCUCAGCUUUACGGGCUACUUAUUUCAUCUUGGUUGACGGUUGAAGAGGAAGCGGAGGACGAGAAAGCUGAUAAAGAGGAUCCCUCGAAUUAA